CUGCUGUUACAGCGGGGAGACCGACACCGGCAAGGGGGAUCAGGGUUGAAAGGGAACGUCUUCUGCCCUCCAAUCAGACUCUCCCUAACAGGACUCCAAAUGGAUCGGAACCGAACUCCUCCAACAACCCGGCGGCCCGGACGGGACGAGCAGGCGCUGCUCUCCCGGAUCCUGGCCAGGACGGCUCAGAACAUCAUCGAUGUAUCGGCUGUAGAGUCCCAGGGGAUGGAGCAGCAUGAAUGUAUGGACAGAGCCAGGCAGUACAGCACGCGGCUAGCAAAGCUCAAUAAAAACCUAACGCACUGGAAAAAGGUGCCCCCCCUGCCCUCGCUCACCGCCCAGCCGCAAAAAGUACUCGCCAGCGACCCCGUUCCUUACGCAGAAAAAAUAUCCAAAAGGUUUCAAAGAUAG